GCUGUUUAAGGACCCCAGGAUGGCCAUGCUUGCCGAACCCCGUAGGAAACAGAAGUGGUCAGUUGACCCCAGAAACAGCUCCUGGAGUAAAGAUGACUCCAAAUUUGGACAGAGGAUGCUGGAGCGAAUGGGGUGGUCCAAGGGCAAGGGCCUGGGGAAAAGUGAGCAAGGCGCCACUGAUCACAUCAAAGUAAAACUGAAAAACAACAGCCUUGGUCUUGGAGCCAAUGUCAGCCAUGAGGAUAACUGGAUUGCCCACCAGGAUGAUUUCAAUGAGCUUCUUGCUCAGCUGAACAACUGCCAUGGUCAAAGCAACAAUACCGAUUCUCCACAAGAAGAGCAGACAGGCUUCAGCUUGGAAGAGAAGUCCAAGACGGCCAAAAAGAGGGUCCAUUACAUGAAAUUUACUAAAGGAAAGGAUCUCUCAUCCCGAAGUGAAAAAGAUCUUAACUGUAUCUUUGGAAAGAGGGCUAGAUCUGCCAAAGACCAAGAGCAGGUGCAGGAGAGCAGCAGCAGUGAUUCUCAGGGUGAAAAGGAGGAGAACGUCCCUUCCUCUGCCUCUGCUGAACUGGAUCCGGAGUCCAUCACCAAGACUGUGACCAGCACUCUGACCAUGCAGGAGUAUUUUGCAAAGCGCAUGGCUGAUUUGAGAAGGGCUCGCGGCCAGGCCCAAGGAGAGAGCAGCGAGAAAUCAGGCCCGUCUGAGGAUCCCAGUCCUGUCCACAUCAUUGACGACGACACAGACGAACCUAAGAAGAAGAAGAAGAAAAAGAAGAGCAAGAAGGCAACAGAUGAAGUGGAAGAGGUGGAAGAUGCACAUGCUGAUCCCAUUGUGGUAAAAGAUGAAGAUCUGGAACAAGAAUAUUCAGCGAAGAAGAAGAAAAAAAGGAAAACGGCUGAAAAUGAAGCGCCUACAAAUGAGAACUGUGACUGCACCCCUGUCGAGGAGCUGCCUCCCCCCAAGAAGAAGAAGCAGAAAAAGCAGAAAAGGGAAACCGAGCAUCUAAACGGACACAUCGUGACCGAGGAUCAGAGCGUAGAAUCUGAAGUUGUAGAGAAACAGAAGAAGAAACACAGAGAGGAGGUCAAAGCUGUAGGUAAAGGGGACACAGAGGCGUUGACGGAGAAAAAAUCCAAAAAGGAGAAAAAGAAGAAAAAGAAACAUUCAGAAGAGGCAGAUUAGAGCUGAUGUUUACGCUGAUAUCAACUUGAAAAACUCCUCGCUACACAGACAUGGAAGGGACAUUUUACAGGACAAAUAGAGCUUACAGAUUUCAAAUAGCUGACUAAUAACGAUACACACUCGUCCUGUUUGUCAGAUGAUGAACAAGUGGCUUCAUCUUUUAGAUUCAUCAGUUGAAUCAAAGAUGUAUCGAGCAUCUUUUGCUAUUAAAUGUAAAAUGGGGAAAUCGGAAAGACGUUCCAGUCAUAUGAUAUAAGAAGGGUCCACGUUACCAAGAUGUUAGGGGUCAGAGAAACAACUUUGUAUCAUCAGACACUUCUGUAAUCCCAUGUCUCAUCAUAUAUUUAUAUACACAAUAUUCAGAUGGGGAUUUAAAAAAAAAAAAAAACAUUUCUUUCCACUUUGAUAUCUCAUUGGUGCUAUUAAUAUCUUUAUAUUAUUAUUCAUUUAAGUAUCUGUAGAUCUUUUCAGUUCUGUAUAAACAACAGAAGCUGGUGGUUUUUAUGACCAAUAUCAACAAAUGUAAUUUAUAAAUGGAUGUAAUGUGGUAUUUUGCCUGAAAUCUGGACACUUAUACACCUAUGAAAUGCUUAGAAAUGAAACAAUCUGUGCCUCUUCACCUAAAUGAAAUAAGUUUUUAAUAAAUCAAAUUAAUUGUAA